AUGGCCAACCCGAUAGGCGAAGAUAACUGGCUCGCCUACCUCGAAGAGAUAGUUCGCAAUGCCUCCGACCUCGAGCAGCGAGUCAAUGUCGUCGAACUGUACAAACGCGCCGUCGGCGCUGAGCCUGGCAGCCUGCGCAUCUGGCUAGCCUACUGCAACUAUUUCUGGUCGCUAUGGGAGGAGACUCAGGCCCCCUCAGGCGCCGGCUGGUCCGACGAGGAGCGCCUUCUCGGUCGCGAGCUCUUUUCCUUCGGAGCUGCUCUUGAUCUGUGGCAGCAAGGAUAUGAGGCUAUCCGAUACCGGCUCGGCGACAGCCACCUACUCUGGGACCGCUGGAUAUCUCUCGAGAUGGAGCUUCUUGCUAAGACGAGAACCCCCGAAGGCAUCAAGCGCAUCACCCACCUAUAUCGCGACCGUCUGCUCACCCCGCACCUCAAAUGGGACGAGACCUCUCAGAAUUUCUCGACCUUUUUGUCCGAGUACAACCGUUCCGCUUGGGAGGAUUCCAUGAAGGACAUUACAACCAAUGCCCAAGAGACGAAGCGCUUGAUCACUUCACGCGAUCCUUUCGAGAGCAAGCUGAAGCGCGCGGUGGAUGCCGGUGAUGUAGAUGCUCAGAAGGAGGCAUUGACAACUUAUCUCGAAUGGGAAAUGAUUGAAAGCAGGCGCAGCAACGACAACCCCGAAAUUGGCAUUGACCUAUGCCGUGGACUCUACGCCCGUGCGCUGACCAGUGUUCUUGCCACAGAUCAGAGUACUUGGCACGAGUACAUCGUGUUCCUUUCGUCUUCAAACUCUGAUCUUCAAUCCCCUGGAAACCUCCUCGAUGUCCUCCGCAGGGCUGUUCAGCAUUGCCCCUGGUCGGGUCUUCUUUGGAACCGCUACAUUCUGUGUGCCGAGGAGGCAAGACUACCAUUUGGUGAGGUUGAGUCCAUCAAGCACGCCGCUACGAGCGAGGAUCAGCUACUCAAGGAUGGCAUGGAGGGCAUGAUUGAGAUGUAUGUGGCUUGGUGCGGCUUUCUGAAGCGGACUGCGAUGGAUGCCACCGCUACGGACGAGUCCGUUGACGUUGCCGAUGUCGGUCUCGGCGCUGCUCUCGAGGAUGUUUCGGUUGUUGGACAGCGACUCUACGGCAAGGAUUUUCAAGGCGAUCCCAAGUUUCGACUCGAACGCAUCUAUAUCCAGUAUCUCACAGAGAAAAAGGGUGCUGUGGACGAGGCCAGAGCUCAGUGGAACAAACUUGCAUCCAUGCAGAUUCACGCCGACAAUCACGACUUUUGGUUCAGGUAUUAUAUGUGGGAGAUGCUGAUCUUUUCUUCCUCUGGUGCUCAGGACAAUCGGAGUCCCACCCCCUCCUCCGCCGGUGCCAGCUUCCGAAUACCCACUCUGGCAACUGCGGUUCUGGCUCGGGCUGUUGCUCGUAGGGAGAUUGACUGGCCUGAAAAGGUCUUGGAGGUUUACAUGCAGCAUUGUAACGACUAUGAACAACCCCUUACUUUGCGGAAAGCAGCCGAUCGGGUGCACAAGACUGGAAAGGAUGUGAAGAGGCGUCGUGAACGCGAGGAGCAGGAGAAGACAGCUGCCUACGCUGCAUACUACAGCGCCCCGGCGGCAGAAGAGGAGAAUCAGGAGGCUAAAUCACCAGGCGGUUCUAAGCGAAAGCGGGAGGCCGAUGCGGAUGCCACAGAGGAGCCUGAGAUUGCCAGUAAAAGACAAAAGAGCGAUGCCGACAAAGCGCAGCCUGAACAGGGUGCGACUACACAGCAAUCACAGGCGCCCAAGAGAGACAGGGAGAAUUCGACUAUCCUCGUAACCAACCUCCCCGGCGACGUCACCCAAACCAAGGUUCGUCAGUACUUCAAGGAAUAUGGACACAUCAACAACAUUACCGCUUUUGUGCGCGAUGAGAAGGCCAACUCCUCCACAGCCCUCAUCGAGUUCAGCUCGCCCGAGGAGGCACAAUCUGCAUUGCUUCGAGAUGGAAAAUACUUUGGCCAGUCACAACUCACUGUUAAGUCUGGGCUCGAUCUGACUGUUUACGUUGCCAACUUUCCUCCUGUUGCCGAUGAGGCGUACAUCCGCAACCUAUUCAAGGACUGUGGAGAAAUACUGAGUGUUCGAUGGCCAAGCCUCAAGGUCAACUCCCAUCGUCGGUUCUGUUACAUCUCAUUCCGGGAUCGAGAGGCAUCUGCAAACGCCGUCAACAAGGAGGGCAAGGUGCUCGAGGGCCGUUACAAGCUUCUUGCCAAGUAUUCUGACCCCAACCACAAGAAGGCUCGCGAAGGCGCUCUCUCAGAAGGCCGAGAAGUCCACAUUAGCAAUCUGGACAGAACAGCCAGCGAAGCAGACCUCAAGGGUGUCUUUUCCAAGUACGGCAAAGUCACGAGAGUCAAGGUUCCGCAGACCCUAUCAGGUAAAAACAAGGGAUUUGCCUUUAUCGACUUUGAGACAAAAGAGGAGGCAGAGAAGGCCGUGGCGGAGAUGGACAAUACCAAGUUCCGAAGCCAGAUUCUUGAGGUUUCACUUUCCAAGGAGUCAAAGGUGAAGCCAGCAGCCGUGACCAUCGUUGCUGAAAACGCCAGAAGCUCUCCAGCGCCUUCAUCCCGCGAUGCGGAGGGAGACGAUGCCAUGGAAGACGCAGGAAGCGAUGCUCAAGCGAAGCCAACUGCUGCGGACAUCUCGGCCCGGACGAUUGCUCUGAUGGGUCUCCCUGAUACCGUCAACGAUGCGAGGAUUCGAGCUCUUGUCGAACCCCUAGGGGCUAUUGUCAAGCUGAUCGUUCUUCCCGCCAACGGAGGUGCCAAGAUCGAGUUUGCUGAUGUUGCCACCGCUGGCAAGGCAAGUCUUCAACUCAAUAGCAUGGAGUUUGAGGGUCGUCCACUUCGAACUGGUACCGUGGAGGAGCUCCGGCAAGCCAAGGCAGAGCACGUUCAAGACCGCAUUGUGUAUGGAAGUGGUAACAAGGAUCAAAAGCCCAAGGCCGCCACAUCUACCGGUUUCAUGCCGCCGCCAACUACCUUGCGGCGACCUGUGCUAGGCAAGCCUGGCCCACGCCGUGGCCUCGGCUUCAAGCCCUCGGCCCCCAAGGCCGCCCAGAACGGGGCGGAGACCAACGGGGAAUCUGUGGCGGGUGCCAAGAAGAGCAAUGCGGAUUUCAAGGCCAUGUUCCUGGCGAGCAGCAAG